GACGAUGGUAUCUUUGAAGUGAAAUCGACGGCGGGUGACACCCACUUGGGAGGAGAGGACUUUGAUAACCGCAUGGUCAGUCAUUUCAUUGAGGAGUUCAAGCGUAAAAACAAGAAGGACAUCAGUCAGAACAAGAGAGCAGUGAGGAGGCUGAGGACAGCCUGUGAAAGAGCCAAGAGAACCCUGUCUUCCAGCACACAAGCCAGCAUUGAGAUUGACUCCCUGUUUGAAGGCAUUGACUUCUACACCUCCAUCACCAGGGCUCGAUUUGAGGAGCUGAAUGCUGACCUUUUCAGAGGCACUCUGGAACCAGUGGAGAAAGCUCUGAGAGAUGCCAAGUUGGACAAGUCACAGAUCCAUGACGUUGUCUUGGUUGGGGGCUCCACCCGCAUUCCCAAGAUCCAGAAACUGCUGCAAGAUUUCUUCAGUGGCAAGGAGCUGAACAAGAGCAUCAAUCCUGAUGAGGCCGUGGCCUAUGGGGCAGCUGUUCAAGCAGCUAUUCUGAUGGGGGACAAGUCUGAGAAUGUUCAGGACCUACUUCUCCUGGAUGUUGCUGCCCUGUCCCUGGGUCUGGAGACAGCAGGAGGUGUCAUGACCGCACUCAUCAAGCGGAACACCACCAUUCCCACCAAGCAGACCCAGAUCUUUACUACCUACUCCGAUAACCAGCCUGGUGUGCUUAUUCAGGUGUAUGAAGGAGAGCGAGCCAUGACCAAGGACAACAAUCUCCUGGGGAAAUUUGAGUUGAGUGGCAUUGCUCCUGCCCCUCGUGGUGUGCCACAGAUCGAGGUCACCUUUGAUAUCGAUGCCAAUGGCAUCUUGAAUGUCUCUGCCAUUGAUAAGGGCACUGGCAAAUCGAACAAGAUCACUAUCAGCAAUGACAAGGGCAGGCUGAGUAAGGAGGAGAUUGAGAGGAUGGUGCAGGAUGCAGAAAAGUACAAGACUGAGGAUGAAGCCCAGCGGCAGAGGAUUGCAUCUAAGAACUCUCUGGAGUCCUACGCCUUCAACAUGAAGAGCACAGUUGAGGAUGAGAAUGUCAAAAAUAAGAUCAGCAAUGGAGAUAGGAAGAAAAUUCUUGAGCAAUGCAACCAGGCAAUCCUGUGGCUGGAGAACAAUCAGAUGGCAGACAGGGAGGAGUUUGAGUACCAGCUGAAGGAACUGGAGAAACUUUGCCGUCCCAUUAUUGCCAACCUUUACCAAGGAGGAGGAGCAGCAGCAGGGGCUUCUUGCAGAGCCCAGGCUGGCAGUGCCACUUCCACAGGACCAACUGUCGAGGAGGUGAAUUAAAACACUGAGAAGUCUGUACCUCUGAAAUCCAGAACUGAACCUUAGACUUUUUUUGUUUUUUUUUUUCUCCACUCCCUGUCAUUGAAAGUUUGCUGCAGAAGUUACUACCAGGUACAACAGUUAAGAUGUUAGUGAUCUGGGAGCCUGUUGACAUUUGUAAUUUAAUUUUCUGAACUCUGUGGAAGAAGAUCAAUGUGUUUGCCAUCUUGUUGUAUUGGCUUGAUAUGGAAUAGUUCUUAAUGUACAGAAGUAUUUAUUUUUGGUUACAAGUACUGUUUAUUUUUGGAAAAAAUCUAAUAAAAAUGUUCACUUA